AUCGUUGUAGUGAGGCUUGGGGGAGACCAAUGUCCAGCAGUGGACGUCUGUGGGCUGACAGAAUAGAAAAAUCGCAUCGCUUAAUUCCUAACUAUGAGUGGUGUGAGCUGUAGCUUCUGGUUUAAAAGUAUAAUAACGCUGGCUUAAUAGUUUAAAGACCGUUUACCAACUGUGAAAGUGAGAGUGAAGAAAACAGUAAAUGAAAUAAAAUCGCUGGAAGUACCUAAAAAAACAUUGUAUUCUGAGUAAAUUCCAAUCGAUUCACUGAUACACGUGGCUUUAGCCUGUGUCAGAUUUGGCUGUAUGGACUAUAUAGCCUUUACCUAUUCAAUGGAUAAAUCAAACAAGUCUAUAACAAUAACAACAUAACCUAUAAAAUAUAAACAAUGUUUUUUACUAAACAUUAAUGAGUAUCAACAAUGACUGCUGAUUUUGCUAAAGAGAAAGUGUUCUGGACUAGAAAAAUGAAUCUGAAGUUGGUUAAGUUUAUCGAAAGCCGCCCUUAUAUGUGGAAUCCUAAAGAUCCACUAUACACUUCAAUAUCGGCAAAGGAUCAAGCUUAUUCGGAUUUCGCUUCAAAAUACGGUGACGAAUUCAGUUGGCAAGCUGUUAAAGAACGUUGGACCAAUAUAAGGUCCACGUACAAUAAUUAUUUAAGGAAAAUAAAAGCAAGUCGGACGAAAAGAGACGGGGAGAUAUAUAAAGUGAACUGGCAUCUCUGGACUGCCUGUAGUUUCUUAUUAAAAUUAAAUAAAGAAAACAAUAGUGAAUUGAGACUAUUUUUGAAUGAAAAUGGUGAAAGUACACAGAACACAGACCAGAUAGGAGAACAUUGUCAAUACUAUCCAGAUGAAAUUGAAAUAAAAAGUGAUUCUGAAAUUGAACCUGUGAGCUUAAAUAUGGACUGUUUCUCGAUAGCCGAAAGUUUAGCAUCCGUCUUCCGCGGUAUUCAGCAUGAUGCUUUCGGUUUGGAAAAUACAAAACACGGUCAAAUAGGCAGAGCUGUAACAAGAAAACUAAAUGAAAUUAGCUCUUAUGAAGCUGCACAAGUGAUGCAUAAAAUCACAGAAAUAUUGUUAAGAUAUGACCAAUCAAAUCCCAUCAAUCCUAAUAAUAUAAAGGCUGAGAUAACUUAAA